AUGUCAGCGAACUUAAGACUAUCCUGGGCUGGCGACUUUGAUCAUUUGAAGGAGUUUGUAAAGAGUGACCUAGAGUUGCAAGGAAGCUGGUCAUCCCCGGCGAACGAGAAGAAACUUUUCCUGGCAAACAACGUCGAGUUGCUUUGGUGGAAAAACGAAAAGUUCCUAAAGAUCAAUGGAGAGGAUGUAAAUCGAAUUAAAUGUUGUAUGAUCAACGCUAUGUUUACGAGUUUAAACCUCGAUAGUGUCAAGUCUAGUGUGGACAUGGCUACUAACACCGAGAACUCCUUCAACGAAAACCAACCAACAAAACAUCAGUGUACGGGUUGUGUAUGUUCGAAGUUAUCACCAGACUUGGAGGGUUUGAAAUUAGACUUGGUCGUUUUGGAAUCGAAACUCAGCCAUAAAAUCCAAGCCAUGGAAAACCAAAUAUUACGCAUGAACGAUUGCCGACCAAAAGAGCCGAAAAAUCACGCAAAUCUCGAAAAUAUGUUGACAACCUCUACAUCCACUAGCAGCGGCGGCACGAACAAAACAAAAGAAGUUAGUAAAUCAAAUCCUCACAUUAAUCCCGUUGUUGUUCGGACCGCUAACGAUGCAUGCUUCACACCAAUAAAAGUACCGGACAAUACAGAAACUUUUACGGCUAUAGAUCAGUCAUGCGAGAAAACUUCACACCACGAUUUAGUACCAUUGCCAAUCACUCACAAGAGGAAUUAA